AUGAUAAAGGAUAAGUUUCCAGACAUUCUCGAUGAGUCUCAUUUGAUGUAUGCGUUGCUAUUUGCGUACACAGAAGAGAUAUUGAUGCAAUUGUCCACCAUGACACAGGUUGGUGUCAGGGAAAUGAUUGUUGUGUACUUGGACAAAAAUAGACGCCACAUACAGGCAUUCCACAAGAGACAACUGGGCACUGUGGAAAAAUUUCUAGAGAAUGUCAUUGAGACAUGCAUGAAUGAACGCGGUGUCGCAAUCAACUAUGUUCAGAUGGGCUCUUCAAAGGGAAGAACGGGCAUCUUUGUGGCCAACCAAUACUUGGCUAAAACAAGCUUAUCCAAAGAAAAGCUAAUGGAGGAAAUAAAGAUAGGAGGAUAUGGCGAAUAUGCGAAACCAAGGAGGUACAGAGGAGGAGUAAGCGGCCGGGGAAUAUUUAUAUUCGAGGACGCAAUAGAGAAUGAUCAACUGGAGAUCAUUAAGGAUGCUCUGAACGAUCCAGCAACAGGUACAGGGCCAACAGUUUCAAAUGAAGGCGGACAAUGUGACCAAGAGGCGACAGACGAGCCGAGUCAGAGCAUUCUUAAUGAUCCCCAAUCUGCUACAGAAGACAGCCAGGGUGAUGAGGAGACUCAUAAAGAAGUCCAAAAGGGGACCAUGAAAAGGCGAGGACAAAGAAAGAGGAAAGUCGUUUGUUGUCCGUGAUGACUGAGAUGAGCCAAGAGUUAAACACAAGAACUAAUCCUGAUUCCCUCAUUAUUGAACUGUGCCAUUUUGUUCAGAUUUAUAUAAAAACGUAAUUAAGUACCCUAGAAUAUCUCACUGUAGAAGGUGUUUCAAGGUUAUUCCAAUGUUUGAAAAUCCAGUGUUCCACUUUGAUUGUUUUAUAUUGCAUUGCAUUAUUGAUUGUUUUAUAUUGCAAUUGCAUUAUUGAUUGUUUUAUAUUGCAUUGCAUUAUUGAUUGUUUUAUAUUGCAUAUUGCAAACAGGAAUCUUGAAAGAACCAACAUACAAAUAAACAGGUUGUGUAAAUAAGAAUUCAAAUAUAAACGGCUUCAACACGUAGUUCAAUGGGGGGGGGGGGGAGGGGGGUGCUAAAGUUGCCAAACUUUUGGAGGGGAGUGUAUAUUUGAUCAUACGUUUAUAAAUGUGUAUAUUUGAUAGAUGCAUUAACUUCAGAAAAGAUUCACCUAGGUACGGGUAUACACAAAUGUGAAAAUGAAUGAAAUUGAGGUUUAUGCAUGGAUUACAUGCAUCAGAUAAAACUGAUGUUGUAUCACGUGGUAUAUUAAGGCUUAUAAAUAAACGAUGUUUCUUGGUGUUUUGAUUAAAGUUAUGUUUAGGAUUAAAUGUAAAUUAGUUACUUUUUUUGUAGAGAUAAAUUCAACCCAGACCUUAGCUAGUAAACUCGGCCCUCAGUUAACUC